AAUAAUAAGAAUACAAGUAUUGUCCUUAGUUUUAUUCGUCAAGUUAUAACUAAUAGGAGAAUUUUUUAAAAUGGUUAUAACAGAGUUGCGUUUACUAUUAGCACUGAAAAUCUAUAACCAAUCUAUAAACCAUGCAAUAAAUUUGAAAACUUGCAAGGAAUUUUCUCAGUCAUUAUAUAUUGUGACUCACACUAUUUCUUCUAUUUUUUAACUUUAAUUUUUAAACUUAAUUUUUAUGUAUUGAUUUCAAAAAGUAAUAUUUUUUAUCAAAUUGAAUUAUUUGAAGAACUUUGGUUUUUAAGAAACAAAGAUUUAGAAAUAAAAAGAAUAUUGUUUCCAUAUCUUAAAGUAUUUUGCUCAAUAGCGAUAUUAUCUAAAAAAUGUUCUAGAUAAAACCAUAUAUAAUUUUAUCUUUUAUCUAGAUAAAUUAAAACAAAAUUAUUUUUAACUUGUUUAAGAUACAUUUAUCUUAUCUUUAUUUACAUUAUUUCAAGUUAUCUAAUUGUAAGUGCACUGAAUGUGCGUAGAAUGCGAAUUGAUGCAUCCUAUAGACAUGUCGUGAAUAAUGCUUGAUGCUUUUAUCAUGCUUUAGCACAUUCAUCGUUUUAUUAUCUUUUUUCGUUAAAAAGACGAACAUCGAUAUGUUUAUUCAUGCUGCCCCAUUAAGAAUCGCGAUGUAUUUACAUCGAUUAGAUGUAGAUAUAGUACACGCGUAUCGUCUAAAAAUGUGUGGACGUAUGAUAUCAUCAGUGACGUCAUCUUUGGUACCGCGCUCAAAACGCAACGCUUCAGUCAGACGCUGACGGCCGAUGUGCAACAACGUGUUUUCUUCAGACCUAUCAUUAGAACGAGACGACGAUGUCCCACUCAGUGACGAUUAGAACGCAAACAGUAACGAGCAGCUCGUCGACGAUUGUUAUUAACACUGGUUACUUAAAAACUUGGAGCGGUAUUUUAAAAUUGCUGCAAGUGGCCCUGGGCAUAGUUUGCGUAGGAAUCGUUGGUCACGAAUUUAUUAACGUUUAUCGAACUACCGCAGAGCUAUUCUUCCUUCUCAUAACGACUACUUUUAUGAUUAGUACUUUCAUCCUUCUUCUCAGUUGUCUGACGUCUUUUUCUACUGCAUCUAUUCUAUCUAAAACUAUCCAUGAACUCAUUUAUCAUUCCAUUGCAUUUGGAUUGUUACUUGCCGCCUCGUUGACGCUCAUGGUGCACAUCAAUAACUAUAGGAGAUAUAACUAUGAGCUGUUAUUAGGCGCUUCCAUUUGCGGUCUGGUGAACGCGGGUUUGUAUCUCUUCAGCACAAUCAUUGCCCUUCGUACUUAUAGAGGGAUCUAAGCGCUCAAGUUAUGCGAUUUUUACUAACAAAAACAGAUUCUUCAUGUAUGAAUCGCGGCAAAACGUUUUACAAGAAAAGCCUGUUUUAGGAAUUUUAUUUAAUUAAAUUAAUACAAGUUCUACAACGAAUUUUGACUGCCAGACAAUAUUCAAUACUUGGCGAGUAUUGAAAAAAUACAGAAGAAUAUUUUUAUAUUUCAUAUUUUAUGAAAUUGUUGUAUCAUACUUUUUACUUUUAUAUACUGAUGAUUGGUUUUCAGAAAUUGCGAGGUUGUAAUACUCACUAAAUGUUAUUCGUGUUAUCUAAACGUAAUUUAAGCUUAGAAAAUCAUACUUUUGAUAAUAACAUAAAAAUUAAAGUAAAAACCAUACGAUCUUCACAUUACUUCAUAUCUUAUCUCAACUUUAUGUUGGGUAUAUUUUGUGUCAAUAAUGCGUAUCAAAAAUGCGCUAUUUACAUUUAUUUUGUGAGCUCGCUAUGAUUGUGUGAUGUUAAUCAAUAUUCUUUCAGAACCUUUACUUAAUGUAAACGUAUUUAUUUUAUAUGCGUAUGUAAUAUUUAUAUUUCUCGAAUAAUAAAUAACCGAAAAAGAA